AUGGGCGUUACCUUGCAUUGGCACGCGCACCCGAUUCGAAAUCUGGUGUUUUCGAUGUCGGGUCUGCUGUUUUCGGGCGGUGAGGAAGGCACGGUGGUCACGUGGUCGCCGUCCUCGGCGCGUCCUUCGUUCAUUCCGCGCGUUUGCAGCGUGAUCGUCGGGCUGUGCGUCUCUGCGGACGGCUCGCGUCUCUUCGUGGCCGGCAAGGACAAUUCGAUUCGGUUCGUGGAGACCACGCAGCGAACCAUCCAAGCCACCAUUGCAGGUCUGGCGUUGGCCGGCAGCAACUCGGUGCAUCGCUUAGAAACCGCCGUGCGAUUCGGCGUGGUGUUCGAUGCUCGCUCCCAGCAUCUUCUGUUCAAUACCACCUCGCACCUUGGCCAGAUUCAAAUCUACGACCCGGCGUCGGAUUCCGGCGUGUUUCUGCUGGGCGACAGCCGAACCGACGUGUCGAAGACCUUCUGGAAGGACAAGAAGGGCUCGUUCCGCGUCGACUUCGUGAAGAUUAGCAAUAACGGAGAAUGGCUUUUCGUCGCUCAGCGAUGGGCCGAUGUCGAUGGCGCCGAGCUCUCCCUGCUUCUGUUCUGGAAGCGAAAGCCUUCCGGGGAGUGGGAGCUCUUCGCGUCCGUGGAGUCGCCGCACCACGCGCUGAUCACCGCUAUGGCGGCGCAUCCUCGACGGAACGAACUCAUCACCACGGAUCUGAGCGGACUGGUGAAGGUCUGGGAGUUGGUGGAGGCGGGAAGCGAGAAAGACGGCAACGAGGCCGUGUCGUCGGACCGUCGCUUCACCUGGUCGUGCACCUAUCAGAGCAAGCUCUGCGAGGAGUCGAUCCGAUCGGUCGCGUACUCGCAGGACGGCAGCGUGCUCGCCGUGGCGCACGAUCAGACGGUGAGUCUGUUCGAUUCCGAGUCGAAAGAAGGCUUGGUCGUGCUGCCCUGCCCGUCUUCGCUCAGUACCAUCAAAACGGUGGCGUUCUUCCAGAACUCCUCGCUGCUUCUCUGCGUCACGGACCGCCAUUUCUUCGUCUGGGACACGGUUUCGCGGCAAAUCAUGUGGAUGGUCGCUGCCAACGUCGCCUGCGCAGCCGCCAACUCCGAUCUGUUCGUCGAGAAGUCGCUCUUUGCGAUCACAGUGCGCAGCUCCGCCCCUCCAUCCGCCUCUUCAAUGGACGUCGAGCCCGCUGAGCCUGCUGAGCCCUCUGAGCCCGCUGAGCCCAUCGAAGCGACGCCGAACGACGACGCGAAGCCGUCCAAAGCGAAGAAAUCGGGCAAGGAAUCGAAGGGCUCCAAGAGCCAGAAGGCCUCUACGAUCGCGAAAUCGGGCAAGGAGCGGAAGAACGCUGCGCCCUCCGUUGAGCCGACGAGCGAAUCGGGCUCACGCGAGUGCGACGCGGUGCUGGUGUUCGAUCCGGAGAGCUCGGUCCCGGUGGUGUCGGUCAAGCUCCCCACGAAGGUGCUCGCGAUGACGUGGGGACGCGAGAGCAUCCGCGAGGGCCGGCGGAUGUGUCUGUACUGCCUGACGGAGCGAGGCGAAGUGGUGAAGAUCGUGGAGGGCGAGGCGGAGAAGGUGCCGAUUCGAAGCCAGGAAACAAAGAAAGCGUCGGCGUUCGAUGAGGUGUUCGAGGUGGAUAAGGUGGAGGAGCUGGCGAACGAGAUGAGGGUGAAGGAGGAUUAUAAUGAUCUGAUCAAUUCGAAGGAGUUUUUCGCGAUUUUGAAUGGACCUUCGCACACGCUGCCACCUCCAACUGUGCUUUUCCAGUCGUUCUUUGAUAAGGUUGUGGGGAAGAAGUGAGUUGUUAAUUUAGAAGG